GACAGCUGCCAAAUUGACAUUGGAACCAGAGACAAAUAAACAUUACUUUGAUUGGUACUCUCAUUGGAACUUGGAUUAUAAUAUUAUGUUCCAUGUAAUAGUCAUACUAAACUCUUAAUCUAAAUAAAUAAACUAUUCAAUAAAAAUAAAUCACUCGUGAUCAUUACACUAUUUAUUGUUUGUUAUAAUACUAUAAUUAUUUUAGUCUCUGUAUCUAGUGAUAAGUGGUUUUAAUUACGAAUAAUUUUUUGUAGUUGUUUAGUGGUGAAUACCUAAGUUGGUAUUUUAUUUAGCUAUUGAAAGGGGCGGUGUCACCGACAUUACCGAAUCACUGUAGCAGAAAAUGAAGUACGAAGAUGUGACGUUGCAGAGAGAGUGGGAGGGGGCCAAGGAGCCACCGGAUGUGACAGUGACGGCGUCUGAAGCUGCUUUGGGUGCGCUGCUGGAAGAUGGAGACGGAGAGCAGGACGCCGAGCGGCGCGUGCGGCAGCUGGGCUCGCGAGUCGCGCGCCUCGACGCGCUCAACGUGGGCGGCAUGCUGGCCGCCGCCACCGAGAGCGGGGGCGCCGGCGCCGCACUCGCCGCACGUCUCGACGACGGGCUCUCCGCCGCCGCCGCGCUCGGGGCGCGCCUGCGCCGCUGCGACGCGCUCGCUCGCGCCGCGCCUGACGCCGCGCACGCACGCACCGACGCCGCCCGUGCGGACGCCAACGCACGAGCUCUGCUUGCCGAGCUGGACGCUAUCUACCGUUGGUUGGAUCCGCCGCCGUUGCGCGACUUAGACUCUCUGGCGGAGCCGGUGCUGACGACAGCGGAGGGCCGGGCGCGCGCCCUGGCGGCCGCGGAGGCGUUGCGCGCCGCGCUGCGUGCCGAGCCUACGAUGCCGGCGCCGCGCCGUCGCCUGGCGGCCGUACGAGAGAGACUACGCCGGCUGGCGCGUGCUAAGGAUCAGCUGGCGGCGGCGCUGGCGCGACAUCUGAACAACGCGCUGAUCCAUCUCGGCAACGAGGCGGCGCAGGAGUCGCGCCCGCAUCGGCACCACACCGAGCUCGCACCAUACGCGCCUUUCAUGCGCUGGCUCAAGGAUAUGGACGAAAAAGCUUUCGACGCUCUUGUCAAGGUGUACGCGGGCUCGUGGGCGCGCGUGUACGAGCGCGAGGUGCGCGGCGCGUGCGAGGCGGCGCGCGCCGCGCUCUGUCGCGACCGCACCGACGACCUGCUCGACCACGUGUUGAGUUUGGUGGAGUCGUUGUGUAACGCCGAGCAAGACUUCUGCACACAGUUCUUCUAUUUGGACAUCGACAUAAAGAGCGACAGCAGCGACGGGGAGAAGAGCGAGGGCGGCGAGCGCGAGCGCGGCGACGGCGGGCGGCGCGCCGGCGCAGAGACGCGCCGCUUCAUGCACGAGCUCUUCCCCGCGCUCGAGCCCGAGCUCGUCGCGCUCGUGGGCCACGUGGAGCGCAGCGAGCCCUACGGCGCCAUGCGCGCGCUGGCGUGCGUGGGGCGGCGCGUGCUGUGCGCGGAGGGCGAGCGGGGCGAGCGCGGGGAGCGCGGCGAGGCGCGGUGGGCGCGCGCGGCGCUGGCGGGCGUGGCGGUGGCGGCCAAGCGCGGCGCCGACCGCAGCGUCGCCGACAGGCUCGCCGCGCUACCGGACGCCGUCAAACAGGCGGCGCGCAAGCCGAAGUGCGGCGUGUUCUCGUUCGUGUCGGAGCUGGAGGAGCUGAGCGGCGCGUGCGAGGCGAUCUUCGCGACGAGCGGGCGCCGCGCCGACCUGGACCGCUGGUACCUGUCGCUGGCGUCCGCCAUGAUGCACGCCAUCCAGCACGCCGAGCACCCGCGCACGCCGCGCGCCGUGCUGCACAUGGAGAACUACCACCGGCUGCACGGCACGCUGUCGUCGCUGCGCGUGCCGGCGCUGGAGGCGCUGCGGCGCGAGUGUCGCACGAGGUACUCCGACGCGCUGCGGGCCUACGUCACACAAUACUUCGGACGGCCGCUCGAGAAACUCACGCAGUUCUUCGAGGGCGUGUCUGAGGCGGUAGCGUCAGGCGUGCGUGAAGACGAGGUAUGCUACCGCGCCGCCUUCAGCAAGCAUGAGCUGCGACGCGUGCUCGCGCUGUACCCUGCGCACGAAGUGCGCAAGUCGCUGCACCGGCUGUACCGCACGGUGGAGAAGCACCUGAGCGAGGAGGGCGGGCUGCUGCAGGUGGUGUGGCGCGCCAUGCAGGAGGAGUUCAUCGCGCAGCACGUGGCGCUGCAGGCGCGGGUGGCGGCGUGCUACCCCGCCGCGGGGCUGGCGCUGCCGCUCACCACGCAGGACAUACUCGACGCCUUCUCAGACAUCGCCAGGGAACACUGAUCACCAUCCUAAUUUGUAACUUAUACAUUAUACAAUGCUCUACAUAAUAUGUUGCGGCGGCGGCGGCGUGACAUUUACAGCCGAGCUCAAUUGUUCAAUCAUUCUUGUUAUAUAAUUAUUGUUAAAAAUAAUCUUUACAAAGGAGAUUGCAUGUGUGUGUUGGAAAUCUGUCUCGCGUGAUUUAAUUUUCUGUUAGUGAAAUUACACACAAAACAGUAGGAAUAACGUACUUUCAAAUAAAACAACAAUAAUUAUUUUUUAUUGUGGUGUUGAAAUACACAAUAUAAUAAUAUUUCUUACUAAAAUUUUCGCAGGAACGUCCCUGUCAACAACAUUCAAAAUGGCGAAAAUAGCAUAAAAUUUCAGAUUAACGACUAAAUAAUCAAAUAUCCUCUUAUUUCAUUAAAAAAAGAAACACGAUAAGGAAGGCUGUUAAAUAGUACAGAUUUCAGCAUUCUCCUUUUGUAUCACAAGACAAAGUCGUUGGGCGCUUAUUUGGAAUAGGUAUAAUUUAUUUGCUACAAAAUAACGACAUAAAGUGAACGAAAAACAAAAAUAAAUGGUAGUGUUGUACUUAUUACAAAAUGCUUCUAAAUUAAAAAACCAAAACAAAAUAGUAUUCAUAAUUUUAUGUAUAUUUGGAUAUCAAAAUUAUAAUUAGAUAUUAUUUUAAUAAACCUUAAAUAUAUUGUUGACUUGAUUGUAUUAAUAAGGACUUACGCUCGCAUCUUACUUUACAGCCUCCAAGAAGUUUGAAUCGAAUUAUUGUUGUCAACUUCGCGUUAUCCGGUUCGAAUACCUACUUUGUGGUGCAGCCUUUAAUAUACAUUCUCAUUUCGUUCCUUGAAUGUUAUUGAUUGUGUAUUAUAACUAAAGUGGAUUAAAAGUUGUUUAUAAUUAUUAUUUAUAUAUUUAUGUAAUAUAGACGUCAUUUUAUAAAUAUAUCGAUUGUUCCGAAUUUA